AUGAGUAAUAUCCAGAACCUCAAGUCGUUUGAUCCUUUCGCCGAUUCAGGUGAUAUUGAAACUGAGCCUACAAACUAUAUUCAUAUCCGUAUUCAGCAAAGAAAUGGCCGGAAGACAUUGACUACCGUGACAGGUGUUCCGGAAGAGUAUGAUCUUAAGAAGAUUUUGAAGGUUUUAAAGAAAGAUUUUGCUUGCAACGGCAAUAUUGUUAAGGAUCCAGAGGCUGGUUCCGUUAUCCAACUACAAGGUGAUCAAAGACUGAAAGUUAUGCAGUUUUUGGUCAAGCAGUUGGGUAUGCAGAAAAAGAACAUUAAGAUUCAUGGCUUUUAA